AUGGCGAAGAAGACGGAUAACAAGCUUAGCGAGAGCGAUUUGGAUAUCGGUCCUGAUCUGGAGUUCGUGGAUGGCCUGCUCAGGAACCUUCGGUUGGAGGCGGAACCGGAGACGCGUGGUGUUAUCCUGAACCUGGCUUACACCUUGGCACGCGAAAAACUGGAGGAGGCCCAACGCUUUGCCAAGCUAGCGAACCGUACCAACGUGAGUGUCGAGGACCUGGAGAUGGCGAAGCUGGAGAAGACCCGCAAGCUGAGGAAGAGCGAGGAGCCGAGCAAGCGCUCGAUGAAGCUGCUGGCCAAGCACACCAGCGAGGAUGCUGGUCUGCCCCUGCCGCGCUCGGACGAGGCAAGCAUGCUGCCCACCUGGCGCAACUGUCAGGUGGGCGAGAAGGGCAUUCUGAAGGACAAGAGCGCUCAGCCGCCGAAGCCGAAGCGGAGCAUGACAAAGCCGGAUAAGACGGAGGCCACGGCAGUCUCUCGCCCUGCUUCCGAUGCUUGCACGCCUUCCACUUCCGCUGCUGGCACUCCUACUCCUGCUGCCAUUUCUACCAGGACUUCCACUUCCGCUGCUGCCACUCCCUCCAGGCGUUCCACUUGCACUGCAGCCGCUCCUUCCAAGCUUUCCGCUGCUGCCACUCCUUCCAGGCGUGCCACUUGCACCGCAGACGCACCUUCUGGGCCUUCCAGGAUUUCCACUUCCGCUGCUGCCACUCGUUCCAGGCGUGCCACUUGCACCGCAGACGCUCCUUCUGGGCCUUCCACUUCCGCUGCUGCCACUCGUUCCAGGCGUGCCACUUGCACCGCAGACGCUCCUUCUGGGCCUUCCACUUCCGCUGCUGCCACUCGUUCCAGGCGUGCCACUUGCACCGCAGACGCUCCUUCUGGGCCUUCCACUUCCGCUGCUGCCACUCGUUCCAGGCGUGCCACUUGCACCGCAGACGCUCCUUCUGGGCCUUCCACUUCCGCUGCUGCCACUCGUUCCAGGCGUGCCACUUGCACUGCAGACGCUCCCUCGAAGCCUUUUACUGCAGCCGCUCCUUCCAAGCGUGCAACUUGCGCUGAAGGCGCUCCCUCGGUCUGCAAAAAGCCACGUAUCAAAAUUAUCCAGAAUAAGGUCACAGAGAAAACUAAAAAAGAUGUACGUUCCAAUUUCAAGGCGGGAAUGCUCUAAUUUCCUGUGCGUUCCUAAAAUAUGAUAUGUUCUCAAUUCAAUAAAGAUCUUCAUUUAUUGA